CGUGCGGUAUCAUUUUGGGAAAAAGAGGAGGUGGAGAGUAAUGGCAGCUGGAGUGGACACGAUCCCUGGACAGCUUUACAAUUAUGCGGCUUCAUAAUCAUGUCGUUCUGGGAAUAGGAGACUCAGAAAAGACAUGGAAUCCCGUGCCGGAUUUAGGAACGUCUUGGUGUUAAUCGCGUGUUGUUCCGUUGCCUGCAGUUUCGGAGCCAUAGAUCGAGAAAACAAGACCCAUGCCGGUCCUUCGAGUAAUGUGGAGAUCAACAGAGGUAGCUUUCCGGCCAGUUUCAUAUUUGGAGUCGCAUCGAGCGCCUACCAGAUCGAAGGUGCAGCUGCAUCAGAUGGCAAAGGGUUGAGCAAUUGGGACAUCUACACCAGAAUGUAUCCAGAGAAGAUUAGUGACAGAAGUUCCGGAGACGUGGCUGAUGAAUUUUACUACAAUUAUAAGAAGGAUAUAGCUCUGUUGAAAGUGAUUGGAUUGGACUCCUUCAGAUUUUCCAUCUCCUGGUCGAGAAUUGCACCUUAUGGGAAUAUAAGCAAGGGGGUCAAUCAGAAAGGCGUGGAGUUCUACAACAAUCUGAUUGAUGGACUCCUAGAGAAUGGCAUAAAGCCUUUCGUGACUUUGUUGCAUUGGGACGUUCCACAAGCUUUAGACGAAGAGUACGGUGGAUUCUUAAGCCCCAUGAUCACGAAUGAUUUCGUCGAAUACACAAACUUCUGCUUUCGAGAAUUUGGCGAUAGGGUCAAGCACUGGAUAACUAUCAACGAGCCCAAUUUCUUCUCGUAUUACGGGUACGACCUCGGAGUUGCCGCACCCGGCCGUUGUUCUGACUACGUCGGUAACUGCACGGCUGGGAACUCGGCUACGGAACCCUAUAUUGCGCUUCACAAUAUGCUUCUUUCUCACGCGGCAGCCGUAAAAUCGUACAGAGAGAACUAUCAGACUGAACAAAAUGGAGAAAUAGGGAUCUCAAUUCAAACCUUCUGGAUGACACCCAAGUAUGAGACAGAAACUAGCAGAAAGGCUGCCUCUAGAGCCCUUGACUUUUAUUUCGGAUGGGCUGCCCAUCCAGUGACCUAUGGUGACUACCCUGAGACAAUGAGGAGGUACGUGGGAAGCAGAUUGCCCAAAUUUACAGCGGCGCAAUCGGAUAUGGUCAAAGGGUCUCUUGAUUUCAUGGCCAUCAAUUACUACACUGCCAGAUAUGUGGAUGAAUCAUCUUCAUCGUCGGCCAGUCUUAAUCUCAGCUACUCCUCAGAUUGUCACUGUAAUAUCACCACUGAGAAAGAUGGUGUUCCCAUUGGUCAACCGACAGCCCAAGAUUGGGAAUAUAUCUAUCCGGAAGGAAUUCGAGAGUUUGCGCUCUAUGUGAAAACAGAUUACAAAGACCCACCAAUUUAUGUGACUGAAAAUGGAAUGGCUGAGGCAAAUAAUGAAUCAUUGCCACUUGAAGAUGCCCUCAGAGAUGGUCUGAAGAUAAGUUUCUUUCAGCUCCAUCUGUCCUAUCUCUUAAAAGCUAUGAAGGAAGGAGCAAAUGUGAAGGGAUAUUUUGCAUGGACGUUCCUCGAUGACUUCGAGUGGGACGAGGGUUACACAUUUCGGUUUGGUCUUACGUUCGUAGAUUACAAGGACGGAUUGAAGAGAUAUCUCAAGGACUCUGCCUUGUGGUUUAAAAGUUUCUUGAGCUCCCAUAACGGAAGUGUGUCUCAUGGUCCCUCCUCGUCCAUGCACAGUGAUGCCUAGGCCUCUAAAGUGCUUAUGUCCACGCAAGGAAUGCAUCUUGUCGGAGAAAGCUCGAAGACGACAUUAAUCGAUGUCGACAGGAGAUACACGUAUUCUAUUUGAAUUUAUGUUUCCAAGAUGCAGAGGCUUUAAUAGUUUCAGCAUAUAAAACCUCAUAUUCAUAUAGGAAUUUGAAAUAAGCGUCGCUAACGAAUGAUCUGACGAAAUUCCAGAUGAUA